CAGAAGCAAAAGGGUUCACACUUGACAGAAUCAGCUGAUGCGCUCAAGCUCUUGAACAAUGGCUUCCCCAAUCACUUCCUCUUUCCAAACCAGUAAUUUGCGGUCGGCUUUUUUUGGUGAGAGAAAGGGUUUCAGUGUAUACAGUGCUCCUGCAGCUAAUGUUGGGUUUUUGAAGAAGGCUGUGGAAUGUAAGGAAUCGAGAAUUGGGAAGCAGCCGAUUGAGGUGCCGACCAAUGUGACACUGAAAUUGGAAGGUCAGGAUAUUGAAGUGAAGGGCCCUUUGGGGCAGCUUUCGAUGACUUACCCACGAGAAGUGGUGGUAGAGAAGGACUCUGGGUUUCUGAGGGUCAAGAAAGCUAUGGAGACAAGAAGGGCCAGUCAAAUGCAUGGUCUUUUCAGGACACUUACGGACAAUAUGGUGGUGGGAGUAUCCAAAGGAUUCGAGAAGAGGCUACAGUUGAUUGGUGUUGGUUAUCGAGCAACAUUAGAAGGAAGGAUCUUGGUAUUGAGUCUUGGGUUCUCCCAUCCAGUUCGGAUGGAUAUUCCAGAUGGCAUACAAGUGAAGGUGGAAGAAAACACCAAAAUUGUAGUUAGUGGAUAUGACAAGAGUGAAAUCGGCCAGUUUGCUGCUUCCAUCAGGAAAUGGAGACCUCCGGAGCCAUACAAAGGUAAGGGAGUUAAAUAUGCUGACGAAAUUGUAAGAAGAAAGGAAGGAAAAGCAGGAAAGAAGAAGUAAUAUUGUCUUUCCUUGGUGUUGGUUUAUUUUUGUAAUUUCACAUUUGCGCUUGUCAAUAUGUAUCAAAAUUAUUGAGAUUAUUGCUGCC